AUGUCGCGUCUUCUCUCCCUUGCCUCUUUAGCCUUUCUCCUUUUGUUGCCGCUUGUCACCGCCUUCGAAGUCGUUUUCCCGGGCGGUAAGGCAGGUGGCUACUGGGUCUCAAACGCCACCAAUCUCCUGCGCUGGACCAACAAUGGCUCUGAGUCUCAGCUCUUCUCAGUCGAGCUUCUCAACGCCAAUUCCUCGAGCCUUAACGGCAACUUCCAGAUCGCCAAUGCCUUGCCCUCGGCGAACCAGACAGCUGUGAUUGUCCUCGAUAUGAUUCCGGCUGGCACGUACAGGCUCCCCUUCGUCAACCCGAACAACUACACGCUCAACAAGCCUGAGCUCUACUACACUUCGCCCGAAUUUGAGAUCAAAAAGGCCGGCACCUCGCCCUCGCCUGCCCUCAAUGACUCGAGCGUCUCUGGGCCAGUCAUUGCUCCAACCCCCACUACCAGCGCUCCGGCUUCUACGACGACCUCACCGUCGACGCUCGGCACCACGUUUGGCACCAACAACACGGAAAAGUCGCCCACUGCUACCACCACCACUGUUGCGCCUCUUUCAGCCUCGCCAAAUAGCAACACGUCGAACUCUACGGCGUCUUCCAGCAACCGUGGAGGGCAGAAGGAGAACGCCUCCCUCAGGAUGUGGGUCGAUGUGCUCGCUCUGGGCACCUCGGUUGUGAUCGCUGGUCUCAUUUCCGUGCUCUGAUGACGGUCC